AUGUUCAGUAUAGGGAGUCAUUUUUUGUUUAUUUUGUGUGUGAUUUUUGUACCACUAGGUGUGAUUUUGGAGGGUUCGAGUCCUGAGCGGGAGGCAGCGUUCCAUAAGGCCUUCCAAGCCGCAAACUACAAGUCAGCCAGGACGCACUGCUGUCCCCCCCAAACGGUGACGUUGAACCCGAUUGUGAGGAGCAUCGGAGUCGGCGACACCUUCGCAGCUGCGACAGCAAGUUUGUCUCGCUUUCUUUGCGUAUCCUGCUUCUUCUCAAUUUUUGUUGUGUUUUUAAAUGCAGUCGCCGCUGCCCAGGCGGAAAAGUGCAUUUUGGAUGAGCAGGAAAAUUUCACUUUGACUGUUUCUCCUCUGGCAGCCUGUGAACUGCUUGCCGAGCAGGUCGUGGCCGUAUUUGGCCCAGACGGUCCCAGCACCUCGACACAGGCCCGGUUGAUCAGUCAGAAGUAUUCCAUUCCAUAUCUGCUGGCGCAAUGGGACGUGAACGCGAAUGAAGACCUCCUCAACCACAGCAUCAACCUACAUCCAAGUAGCGAGGACGUCGGUCAAGCUCUGGUCGAUUUUCUCCAUGUCGCCGAGGAAUGGGAUCAGUUGGGCUUCAUCUACACCGACGAUGACAGUAAAUCACUUUUCCGUCUCGUGAAGUACGAGGGACUUUUGUCCAAAUUCCGGGGCAAACUGAUUGUAAGGCGGCUCAACACUGCCGGUUUGACACCCAAAUACACCAUCAAGUACUUCAUGACAACUCGAUCGCAAAAUCGUUUUGUAGUCGACAUUCCACGGUCGGAAAUAGAGGAAUUUCUGAACCUGAUUGACGAGUACAACAUGACUGAUCAGUACUACAGUUACAUAUUUACUGACUGGGAUACCCAAUUUACGGAUCCCAAGGCAUUCUCCGUGGACAAAGGUGCCAAUUUCUCUGCUCUCUCACUACUGCCCUUACUUGGUCUCAAUUAUCAGACACUUCCUGAGGAGAGUCUGGGUGAUUCCAGGGCUGUGAGCUUCUUGGAAGGUCAGGAAGAACACCAUUCCGGUGCCCGAGACAGCCUUACGUACUAUUUCCUACUCCUGGAUACGUUGAAUCUUCUGGCCUUUGGAAUAUCCCGCCUUGCCAACGCUACAGAUCUUCAGCCGCCAGUUGGUCUGUCGUGUGACUCUGCAGAGGGCUGGACCCUCGGAUCCGCACUUUUGACGGAGAUCAAAUCGGUCAAGGGAGAAGACUUCCGUGGUUCAACCGGGUACGUUGAAUUCACCGCCGAUGGCCGACGAAAGAAUACCAACAUCACCAUUCUGGAGAUGAAUAAGGAGGGUGUUUUGGACUAUGGAUAUUGGAAUGCAAAGGAUAAACUCGUCGUGACCAAGGAGUUCUCCACAACGAAAGCCGAGAUUCAAAAGGAACUCAAGGGGCAGGUUCUUCGGGUCACGACUAUCGAGGAGAUACCAUUUGUGAUGUACAAGGGCCCAUCAGGCGACGUGAAGUCGAUUGACCCCAAGGACUGGCAUGGAUUUUGCAUCGACCUCCUCAACGAAUGCGCUUCGGCGCUAGAGUUCAACUACACCGUCCACCCCGUAACCGACGGCAACUACGGCACCGCGACGAAAGUCAACGGACAGGAAGUCUGGGACGGAAUCAUCGGACAACUGCAAUUCCGAAAAGCUGAUCUAGCCGUGGCGAUGCUGACUAUAAGCUACGAACGGGAACGCGUCAUCGACUUUACGACGCCCUUCAUGAAUCUGGGAAUAAGCAUAAUUUUCAAGAAACCCGACGAGAAGAAGCCAGAACUCUUCUCGUUCCUCCGACCACUCUCACCAGCGGUCUGGGGUUACGUGUUGAUCGCCUACGUCGGGGUAAGCAUGACUCUCUUCUUUGUCGCCCGGUUCAGCCCCUACGAGUGGAACAACCCACACCCCUGCAACACCGAGUCCGAACUCCUGAAGAACAAUUUCAACAUGCUGAACAGCCUGUGGUUCACUAUUGGCUCUCUGAUGCAACAGGGCUCGGACAUUCUGCCCAGAGCAACGUCCACGCGGAUCAUCGCCGGAUUCUGGUGGUUCUUCACCCUCAUCAUCAUCUCCUCCUACACCGCCAACUUGGCAGCGUUCCUCACCGUGGAGCGGAUGAAGGUGCCGAUUGAGGACGUCAACGAUCUGGCCAAGCAGACACAAAUCAAGUACGGCACACGUCGAGGCGGCUCCUCGGCUGCGUUCUUUUCGAAAUCCAACCAGUCGAUUUACCAGCGCAUGUGGCAGUUCAUGUCGACGAACAAGGGCGUCAUGAUAAACAACGCCACGGAGGCGAUCGCGAGGGUGAAGCGAGGCGGCUACGCUUACAUCCUCGAGUCAACGAUGAACGAGUACUUCACUCAGCGCAACUGCGACCUCAUCCAGAUCGGCGAUAACCUCGACUCGAAAGGCUACGGAAUCGGUUUCCCCCAGGGCUCCAAGUACCGUGAUGCAUUCACCGAGGUAAUCCUGCAGCUACAGGCCUCGCAGAGACUGGAACAAAUUCGUCGGUACUGGUGGCGUAAUUACAACAUAACCAUACCGUGCAGCGAGAAGCAGACAAAGAGCAAGGACACGAGCUCGCUGGGUUUGGAACAAGUCGGUGGCUGCUUCGUGAUGAUUCUCAUCGGUCUGGCAGCGUCGGUUCUUAUAAGCCUACAGGAAUUCCUCUACAAGGUCUACCAUCGAGCAAACCUUACGAAGCGUCCUUUCAGUGAGGAGAUGGCUCGGGAGUUUCGCUUUUCAAUGGCGCGAUCGAGCACUCGGGAUUUCGGCGCUGAGUCAGCGCUGACGUUGCCACCGCCUCCUUCAACGUGCGUGCUUUCAAAGGAGUGUCGGGUGGCGGCGUUGGCCUAUGCACCUUGCUUGCCUGCGGUAGUGAAACCGUUGCCCUCCAACGGUGAUAGGGGCAGGGUCGAGGGAGCAGCUGUGGACAAUCGUCGACCCUCUGCGUUGGAUGUGGCGCGGAUGCAUCGAAGGGCCUCCUGUCGCAGGUAUUCACACGUGCCGUCCCACAGUACCCAAUCAGGCUCGCAGAGUAAGUGA